AAACAGCAACAAACAGCAACAAACAGCAACAAACAGUGGCGGGGUUGCUCAGGCGGCAGAAGAAGGCGGUGGGGAAGCACCAAUCGGGGCAGCGGGGGCAGCGGUGGGGUAUGCACGAACGGGGCAGAUGUGCCGCGGGGCGGCGACAGACACGCUGUGAUGGACGAAGGACAGGCCGACGGGGCAGAUGUAUCGGGCAGAUGCACUGGGCAGAUGCACCGGGCAGCAGAGGCCGGGAACGGUGGCCGGUGUGGUGUCGGGAAGAGAGCACGGCUGGCCCGGUCAAGCCGCGAGCAUCGCAGAAGCCUCUGCGUCGCCAUGGCCAUGAGCCCGCAGCGCCACCGCAAGCCUUGGUUGCCGUUCGGCGCCCGUGAGCAACGGCUGCAGGAUGGCGGUUGUGGGUGUUACUUGUCGACCAUGCCGAGCCGGUUCUGGCUGAAUCGGCGGGCCGUGCUGCCAUGGGUGGUGCUCCGGGCUGCCCCUCCCCAACAGGGGCAGCAGUGCAGACCGCAUUUCGAAAUCCAGGUGCCCCAAACGACACCGCUGCCGAUGCCGACACCAAUACCGACGCCGAUACCGGCAUUCCACGUCCGUCACGGCCACCCUCGAUUUCAAAGCUCCCAGGCGUCGCCACAGGACUGGCCACAGAGAUUUCGAAUACCUGCGCCCUGCGAAUCGGCAAACGGAACUUUGCUCGCAGCGGCAUGGGCAAGCACAAUCGAGCACGGGAAUCCUUGGGAUGCACAGAUUCGGUCCAGCGUCGAGAACCAAGAGCAAAUCCGGCGAGGAAAACCGCGGGCCGAUAGGGCUCUCAGUCACAUACUGAACAUCUCACAUCUCACAUACUGAACAUCUCACAUCUCACAUCUCACAUCUCACAUCUCACAU